CUGCAGGCCCUUCGGGGCGGCCAUGGGGCCGCUUUUUUUCCCGGCCGCGCGCAGGCCCUGCACACCUCUGUUGCUUCCCACGGGAGCAAGAACUUACUCAAGAAAUUUGCCUCGAAAACCAGAAAGAAAUUCUGGUAUGAAGGUCCGUCCCUCGGGUCUCAUUUGACUCACAAGCCAUCCAAGUUUGAGUUCCUCAUGAAAAGUACCUUAAAGAAGACCAGGAAGGAAGACACUGUACGCCUCAGAGUCCUGAAUGGCCUUCUCUACAAAGCAUUGACAGAAUUGCUGUGUACUCCUGCAGUGAGCCAGGAGGUCUAUGACCUGAAUGUGGAGCUCUCCAAGGUCUCUGUGACUUCAGACUUCUCCGCCUGCCGAGUGUACUGGAAGAUAGGUGUCUCUGCAGACCAGAACAGGCACACGGAGGCUGUCCUGCAGAGGAGUGCUGCCUACAUAAGGCACCUUCUCAUGUCUCAGCAGACCCUGAGAAAUGUUCCACCCAUAGUGUUUAUUCAAGACAAAAAAGACAUACUUCUGGCUGAGGUAGACCGGUUACUAGCAGUGGCUGACUUUGGACCCCCAGAUGAAAGGGAUGGCUUGGCACUGGAUUGUUUGAGGAACCCUGAAGCUCUGUCAUCACAUGAUGCCCAAGAACCAGCCACACACCCAAAUUUGUGUGGGAUUGACCAUGAGGCCCUGAAUAAGCAAAUAAUGGAGUAUAAACGCAAGAAGGAGAAAGGGCUCCAGUGCAUGAACCUGGCACAGCCAUCAGGGCAGGAGCUGGUCCCUGACCUGACUCAUUUGCUGAGAAGGAGAAAGAAGACAUCAUCCCGCCGGCACCAGGACACUUCCCCAAGAAGCUUCCUUUUGGGUGAGGAGGCUGAGGACGAGGAGGAAGAGGACAACACCACAGAGUAUGGAUGCCAGGCUCAUGAGGCAGAAGAGGACUGGGAAGCAGAGGCCAGAGGUGAUGGGGUACAGCAGGGGCCCUGUGGCAAAAGAGAACAGAGGUAGGGGUGAGGCCUCGUGCUGCCUGUCCCUGCCUGUGGUCAGACUGCAGAGUUCAUGGUCUGCACUUCAGAGACAGUUGAUGAAGGCAGAACUCUUGGUGGAGGCCGUCCUCAGGCUAUUUAUCAUUCAGCUAGCUGUACAAUUUCCUGUCCCAACUCACUGGUUUUUUUCCAAAACUCAUGUGUAACUAAAAAAUAAAUGUCAUCCCUGGGAGACAUAAAUAUGGUACUUCUUACCUCCUCAUAGUUGCUGCACAGGCCGCCGGGCCUCAGUGGCAGGAGAGUUAAGCACAGAAUGCAUAGGCUACAUCUAUAGACCUCCACAGCCAGUUAUCAGUGCUUGGUCCCUGGAGGACUUCUCUUUUAAUAAACUAGUUUAUAUGUAUUCUUGGAGAA